AUGUCGGGCACCGCGAAUUCAUCUCCACCACCAGCUAAGCGCCGCAGGAUGUCCGCGAGUCCGCCCGCAUUUAGCUCGGCUGCGAGUGCAAUGGUAGCCGAUGUGCGUGAUCUUGAUCCUGCGAAACCUGAGCCGGAUUCCCCAGUGUCCGACCCUACGAUCUCAGCCUCCGAAGUCAUCGAGGAUGGCCAGCCUGGCACUAUGCGCAACCAUCCUCAAGAUGUACAGCUCCGUGCGACGUGGCCGCUGGAUGAUGUCCCAGUCGAGAUCUUCAACUUGAUCAUCCAAUACCUCAGUCGCAGGGACGUUCAGGCAAUGCGACUGGUAUGUCGCGAAUUCGACUCCAAACUUGCCGACAGCUUCUUUCGAGUCGUCGUCGUUCCAUUUCGCCCAGAGUUCGAAGCGCUUUACGGCACUUUGAACACUGAUCUGGGCAUCGCACUGGACAAACAAAAGUACGGCUUGGUAUUAAAGAAGAGGGCCGACGAGUCCGCCGCGACCGAUGACGGCGACGACAUCCAAGCUUGGGCGAGUCCUAUAGCAAAGGAUGAGGAUUCUCUGCUCUCGGAUGGGUACCGAGUAUUCGACCAGUUCGGGCCCACCCACAUCAAGAAAUUCGCUCUGGCCCUCGAGCUCAAUGAGGCGGACCUGGCGUGUCCUCCCGUCAAGUUAAAUCAAGAAAUUGUUCCCGCUCCAUGGGGCCUGUACCGGUGGCCGAUUAGUGACUACCAGCGGUAUGCACAACUCGAGGGCAUAGAAAAGCUUGCAGACGAGACACAGCACAUGAAGAAAGCUUUCCAGCUCCUCCGAGUGGUCAGCGAGAUUGGCAUCUCAUGCGAUGCUGGUUUAGGCUACCUACAGGGUCCAGACACAAAUCCCCUUUAUCGUCGCGUUCUGCCUCCCGUUUUCAGACCCGCUAUCUACGGCGAUGCUGAACCCGACUCAGACCCGAACUCAGACGAAGACAACGAUCGAUCCAUGAGCCUUGUAAUCCUGAAGCAGAUGGCCAUGAACGCGGGAUACGACUCAAAUGAGUGGCCUAGGGCCGUGCUGCGCCUCCUCGAGGAUGAGGGGCGCGCUGUCAAAUGGGUUGAGCAGAUAUCAGCUUCUGGCGCAUCCCGCCAUGAGAAGGUGCCCCUCUUUGAGAUCACUAAGGAUACUACCAAAGAGGAGAUCAUUCUCCUCAUUGAGAAAUUGGUUGGCGAUGAUGACCAGGAAAAUGUCAUUAGCGCAGCUCAUGCACGGGUCUUCGGCCUCACCCCAAACAACCUGACUGCUUCUCAGGUAGAGAUGCUCCUAGAACUCGAGUGGGCUCACCGGGCCCUGAUGGAUUCAUACGUUAUUGCCGUGAUGGACAACAAAGACUCGUUUCACGCCCUUCGCACACUGACAAUCGCACGCUGCUCAGGUCGUCAUGUCCCUUCUCUGAUGAAGUCAGAAUUCUGGGAGGCCAUGACCUGUCUCAACUCAUUUCAACUAGGCGUCAUCCCGGAUUGGCGCCGGCUCCACAAAGACGACACGGGAGGGAUUACCCAGAGCCGCAUCAGCCCCAUCGAGACCUACGAAGCUGUCUUCAAGCUUUUGCACAACUUUGUCGGUGAGCAGAAGAACAUGAAGCAUGUGUCCUUUGAGUGGAUUUGUGGCGGUGAGUUCGCUGUGGGCAAGAGUCAGCGCGACCGGUACAUCAUGCCGGCUCCCGUACUCGCAGAGGCAUCUAAGAUGGUUGACUUGCAACACAACUUCGGCGAAGAAGAUCUCAUCAAUCUGCCUGAUGUUGAGAAAUUAUCUCUCAAGAAUUGCUGGUUUACCCCUCAUGUGUUCUUGAAUAUCGCCAAGAAACUGUCGAAGGAAAUGCUGAGAGACCUCGAGCUCGAGUCUGUAUCUCUGACAGGCCCCCCGUCGAAGUCAGCUGAGCCUAGCAUUCAUCCCGGACCACAGGGCAAACCUUCGCAUUGGCCUUGGCCUCUUUGCGCCGGAGCGGAACCAGGAAGUUGGUUUCAGCUUCAACGACCUGCUGGCGCCAACAAUAAUAACAACAACAAUGCCAUGCACAUGCCGCCUUUCCACGGUGGUCAGGCUGUUGCUGCUCCUUUUGCUGCUACUGGUCCUGUCGCCCCCGCUGCUGGUGCUCAACAUGCUGCUGUUGUCCUGCCUCAAAAUCUCCACGGUCCGAAUGGCUGGGCGCAGAAUACACAUUUCUUGCUCGCCAACCCCGGCGCAGGUGCCGUCGCCGUUAAUCAACCUGUGGCCCCUGUGCAGCAGAGUGGGCAUGACCCGGCCAACUCCAGGUGGCGCCUGUUUUCCUGGCCUCAUAUCCUUGCCAGUCUCGACAUGUCGUCUGAAGCAGUCCAAGCCCACCUUGAGGGCAUAGAUCCUGACGACCACCACUACCGCAACGUCAAGACGGCCGAGCAACGUUUCUCUGCGAAGUUUAAGAAUGUUCUCGAUAACCGCGGCGGACAGGACAAAUUGAAGACAAUCACGUUCAAGUCUUGCGGCUACGCCCUCAUUGAAUCGUCGCACAUCAGCAACUGGAAGAUCAUUCCGAACGAGCCACUGGUGGUUCAACACGACAUUGAAUUACCAAAUCAGCUAAAAGAUCUUGAUACUCAGAUGCUGAUCUCGAACGACGGUCUGCUCGGAAAAGUCCUUAACUACAUCCCCGAAAGCGAGCGGCAAAUCUUGAGCAGCAUAUUCGGACUGGGCUUCGGCUGGGAAGACAUCUACGACGACAUUGUCAAACAGAUCGCCAUCGCCGAUGGCAACCCUGAUCCUGGUUCUGGUCGUUUCCACGGCACUGACGAUGUGGUUCCUGCGGAGCCAGGUGACCUUGAUGAUGACCACGACAGCGGCCAGGACGAUAAUCACGGCGAGGGUAACAACGCUGGAGAUGGUUUUAACACGCCCGGUCCCUACGACGGUGUAGAUGAGGACGACGACGCGUAUCUUAAUCUGUCUGAAGAUGACCAACCUCCACCACCCUUUGUCAGUCGCUUUAGGGACCCCCCAGCUGUAGCUAGAAAUGGGCUCACUGCGGAGACCCUGCGAGCUCUCAAUGAGUCACAGUAUGCAGCUGAACCAGUCGCUACAACAUCCAGCAAUACAACCCAGCAGAACGGCGAGCAGCUGGUUCUUGCAUUACGAGGUGACGUUGCCCAGAGCAACUACCAACAGGGUGCUUCAUCGCAAGACGGGGGUUUCCCGAGCGGCGAGCAGCUUGUUGUUGCAGUACGAGGUGGUCCUAACCAAAGCAGUGAACGACAAGACGUUGGACCGCAAAUUAAUCUUGCUCAAAGCAGCGAGCAACAGGAUGUUGUAUCACAAGAAGAUCUUGUACAGAGCAGCGAGCAGCAGGUUGUGGCGUCGCAAGAUGGUCUUGGCCACAGCAGCCCUGCUUCAGACGCCGGCGAGGAUGGAUCUCCUUUGAUCAACUCCCAGCCGCAUACUGGCAUAUAG